AUGGCAAAGAGACCUGGGCGCCGUAGUAGCCGGCAAAUUUCUCCAGGGACACGCAGUUUAGAAACGAGGGACGAUAUACCUAAGAGUGAUGUGGAUGCAUUUGAUGCAUCACGCGAUGAAAUUCUUCUAGAUGACAAUGCGGAAGAGGAUCCGAGACUAGAUGAAUUUGACGGCGACACGCAAGAAGUGCUCGGAAUGAAUUUGGACGACGAGGACGAUGAUAGUAACGAUGAAAGUGACCAUAAUGUCGGGGAUGAACAAGACGAUGAGAAAGAGGAAGAUGAUGACCUUGGUCGAUACAGGACGAUGAUUUUGCCUUCAUCCGUGACUGAAUCAAGCUUGCGAAGACGGGCUGCUCGCGAUGAUGCUCACAAAGAGCAGGAAGAAGAAGACAUACUAGAUAACGAUGGAGAUGAUGAUGAGAAUGAAUAUCUAGGAUGGGGUAAGGACAAGCGGUCCUAUUACAGCAGCAAUACUAUGGAAGAUUUUGAGUCGGAUUCUGAAGUUGACGAAGAGAAGGCGCACGAAUUGGAAACAAACGAGGCGGUCCGACUUCAGCGCAUGAGCCGUUCAGGAAUGCACGAUGAAGACUUUGGGCUUGAUUCGAUUCAUGCGGAGGAAGCUCAGGUUGCUGCAGACGAACAAAGCGAAGCUGCAAGGGUUAAGAGACGACAUGAAUUCGAUAUGGACAGUGGUGCAGAAUCAAAGGCGCAGUCUAUGCAGCGGCCUGAUGAACUGCUUGCAUCAUUACAAGUCCGUGCACCGAUUGUAUUGGCGCUGAUUGACGAAUACAAUGAUGCCUUGCAUCAACUGAAAGAAGAGUGUAAGACUGUUGAUGCCAUGUCACAACAUGGCGAGACACAGAUUGUGGAAAUUGCACAUUUAUAUAUUCAGUCACUGUCCUCAUACACCAUGUUACUGGCAUUUUUCUUCCAGCUUGCAUCCUCACCCAACAUGCUUGCUGAUCCCAGUGCUCUUCUAGCUCAUCCAGUUAUCGAGCGUUUGUCGCAGCUUAAGCAGGCGCUUGUCGAGAUGAAAAACCUUGGGCUUUUUGAGCCGCACUUGGAGGAAGCAGAUGUGGAUGAUUCAAAUCGUGUAAUGGGUAAACCCACAGAGGAAGAUGCGGCUUAUGAAGAGCUGGGCGAUCUGGAGCCGAAUGAAUUACAGGAUUUGAUUUUCGAUGAAAAAGAAAAUCAAGCCGAAUCUCAGAGACAAAGCCAGCGCUCCGUCUCAGCUUCUGCAACAAAGCCUGCAAGGGGAUCGUCCUCGGAGAUGUCGAAGAAGACGAAAAAGCAGUCGAGUCCACGUGCGUCUGUGCCAACCCAACCCACUGUGCUGGCUGAUGUCGCAGACGUAGAUGUGAAAGACGAUGACGGCUUUCCUCAACUUCAGCGUGCGAAACGACCAUCGAGCCACCAGGUGCUUGAAAGUGAGGACGCAUUUGGUGAACCGUCGCAAAUGAGAGAUGCCGAGCUGCAUGACAAAGCACAGCGGAAACGUGCCGUGCAAUUCCAUGCGACAGGGCUCGAGGCGAAACCAACAACGUCGUCAACAAAGAAGACAUUGUUGGAAGGCGAUGCAGAUAUUCCUUACCGAGACAAGAAACAGAUUCGGGAUGCCGUAUCUACCGCCAAAGCGAAUCGGCUUGCUAAAGGGAUGGAAAAAGCUGAUACGUCUCUUUCUGAAACUGAUUGGGGCGAAAGCGACUGGCGAACACGGGACGAAGUUAUGAGGGACGAUGCCGUUCGUGGUGAGGACGAGGACGAUGAAACUGAUGGAGACGACUCAGAGUCAGGCAAGAGCAAUGGCGCAGCGGCAUAUUAUGAUCUUGUGUCAAGUCGCAAGCGCGCACGGAAAGCUGAAAAGAAGGACGAAUACGAUCGCCAGCGACUCGCGAAUCGUGUCUAUGACGAUGAUGUCCUUGGCCCCGGCGAGCAUCGCUCAAUCGACUAUGCGAUCGAAAAGAACAAGGGUCUCACAGCAAACCGGCCCAACAGUGUGCGUAAUCCAAGAGUGAAGAGACGGUUGCGGUAUGACCGAGCCAAGAAGCGCUUGUCUAGCACACGCGCCGUGUAUAAGGGAGGACAGAGUGCGCUGCAGGGUGGCUACGCAGGAGAAAAAUCAGGCAUCUCUACGAACCUGGUCAAGAGCCGCAAGCUUGGGGGCUAG